AAUCUCACUGCAAUAUUUUUUCUUUCUAUCUCAACACUUCAUAGGGUUUCUCUCUCUAGUUUCUUUUCACACCCACAGAAAAAACAAACUCCUGAUAAAUAACCCUCUUUUCUCCACUUCUAUGCAUGCAACUGAAUUAUCCAACUCGCGCAGAUCCAUAAUCAGAAUUGAGUCUUCUCCCUCCGCUUCUGCUGUUUUCGCGAUUGGUGAAUCAUCAAUUGCUGAGGAUUUGAGGAUAGAGGCGGAUUAACGGCAAUGAAGCCGGAAUCGGGUUUGGAUACUGAGUAUCCGAGUGAGUUCAUUAAGCCUGAACCUGGAACCGGUUCAGGAGAUCCGAACCGACCCGAAUCGAACAGUUCUGGUUGGAUGGAUCACUGCUAUGUUCCUAGAGUGAGGCCUAGUGAGGCGAACGGUUUCGCGGUUUAUACGAGGAAUAAGAGGUUUAAGAGUAGAAGUAUGGAUAGAGCGGCUAAAAUUGAGGGAGAUCCUGUGGUAUCAGUUAAAAUUGAGGAUGUUGUGCGUUUGAAAGAUGAAUUCGCAGUUAAUGGUGGUGAUGGAUUGAAUGUGGUUGAAUUUGGGGGUAAUUUGGGAGGGGAUAGUGAGGGGGAGAUGAUGGAGAUUGAAGUGAAAGAGGAAUCUAUUCCUUUAGCGGGGAGACGGAGGUUUACGCGCUCUAUACUUGCUGACUCUGAAAUGGAGAAUGGGGAUUUAGGUGAUCUGAGGGACGCAGUGAUUUUGGAGGCAGAUGGAUUGGUGAGUGAAGAAUUGGCGCUGUUGGGAAGUACGAAGACUAGGAAAAUGGAGAUGAAGAUGUCGAAGAAAAUACUUAUAAAAGGGCGGCCAACAACAGUUAGAGAGCUCUUUGAGACUGGGCUGCUGGAAGGAUACCCAGUUUUCUACAAUGGUGGCAAGAGGGGAUUCCCACUACGUGGUACGAUAAAAGAUGCUGGUAUCCUGUGUUCUUGUAGUUUCUGCAAGGGAGCACAGGUAGUUCCGCCCUGCCAGUUUGAGAUACAUGCCUGCAAAUCAUAUAGACGUGCAUCACAAUAUAUCUGCUUAGAGAAUGGGAUGAGCCUCCUGGAUGUGGUCAAAGAAUGCCGAAAAUCAUCUGUUAAAACUUUAGAAGAAACAAUACAAAACUUCAUAGGCCCUAUUCCUGUGAAGGAAUCUGUCAUCUGUAGGAAUUGUUCUGGGUCAUUUCUUGCGACCUCUGCUGCAAAGGUGGAACUCCUCUGUGAUUCUUGCAUGGUUAUUCUGAAUUCAGAUUUUGAUGCAGAAAGUGUAAAGUCAAGGCCUAUGGAACCAUUAUUAGGUUUAUCACUUUCUGAAAAUGGUGAAGUACAUUCCACUCCCUUAAAAAGAGGUCGUCCAGGAAGAAAAAUGACAAAGCAUUCAGAGCUCAAGGCCUGUGCAAAAUCCUCAGCAAAAUCCUCAUUGCGUGGUGCAACAAAAAAGAAAGGCCAACUAAAGAUGACUAAGAUGCUGUCACUAUCAACUUCUUCACUAAAGUCUCCUGGAAGUGCUAUCAUGACAUAUUCCAAAUCAUUAUCUGAUCCAACUUCAAAUGGCAGUACUUCCUCUCGUGGCUUACUGAGGAACAAGACUACGAGAAAGAUACUAAAGAAGUUGUCGAGUACUGCAUCACUCUCACAGUCCUCAAAAAUUGCAUCUCCUCCCCUUUCUGGGAACUCAAAAAGUUCCUCAAAGAAGAUAACUAAAAAGGAUCAGAGGAUGCACAAGCUGGUCUUUGAGAAUGAUGGAUUGCCAGAUGGAACUGAAGUUGCUUAUUAUUCUAAUGGAAAGAAAUUGCGAGAUGGCUAUAAAAUGGGAUCAGGAAUAAUAUGCCGCUGCUGCAGCACUUUGGUUAGCCCAUCUCAGUUUGAAGCUCAUGCUGGUUGGGCUUCCCGCCGGAAACCCUAUAUGUAUAUCUACACAUCUAAUGGUGUGUCUCUCCAUGAGUUUGCCGUCUCUCUAUUAAAAGGGCGCAAGUGUUCUUCAAAAGACAAUGAUGACUUGUGCAUCAUCUGUGCAGAUGGUGGGAAGCUUGUGCUAUGUGAUGGCUGUCCGAGAGCCUUUCACAAAGAAUGUGCAUCUCUUUCGAGCAUACCCCGUGGUAAAUGGUAUUGCACCUAUUGCCAAAACAUGUUUCUUCGAGAAAAAUUUGUUGAGUGGAAUGCCAAUGCUGUUGCAGCUGGGAGAGUGUCAGGUAUUGAUCCAAUUGAGCAAAUAACAAAUCGUUGCAUUCGAACUGUCAAGAAUCCAGAAGAAGCAGAAGUUAUAGCAUGCAUAAUCUGCAGAGGCUAUGAUUUCAGUAAGUCUGGCUUUGGUCCCCGUACUGUUAUAUUGUGUGAUCAGUGUGAAAAGGAAUAUCAUGUUGGCUGUUUGAAAAAAUGCAAGUUGGCUGAUUUGAAGGAACUUCCAAAAGGAAAGUGGUUCUGCUCUGGGAACUGCAAAUGGAUAUAUUCUGCUCUGCAGAAUGUGCUGAAUGCAGGUUCAGAAAGGCUCCCUGAUUCCACCUUGGACAUUAUAAGAGAGAAGUUAACAGGUAAGAAUUCAGAUUUCGACACUGAUCUUGACGUGAGAUGGAGGCUUCUAAGUGGGAAAAUUGCAUCUCGGGAAACCAGAGUGUUGCUAUCGCAGGCUGUAGCUAUAUUUCAUGAAUGUUUUGACCCUAUAGUUGAUUCAGAAACUGGACGUGAUUUCAUCCCAUCUUUGGUUUAUGGGAGGAAUAUAAGGGGUCAAGACUUCAGUGGGAUAUACUGUGCUAUUUUGACUGUGAACUCAACUGUUGUAUCAGCUGGUAUCCUUCGGUUUUUUGGAGAAGAAUUUGCUGAACUUCCUUUGGCUGCAACACGCAUUGGUCAUCAGGGAAAAGGAUACUUUCAACUACUUUAUUCAUGCAUCGAGAAAUUGCUUGCGUUUCUGAAUGUUAAAAGAUUUGUUCUUCCGGCAACAGAUGAGGCAAAGUCAAUUUGGACAGAGAAGUUUGGAUUUAACAAGAUACCGGAAGAGCAGCUUUUGAAUUACAGAAAAAUCUGUUGGCAAAUGAUUGGUUUCAAGGGGACAUCCAUGUUAGAGAAACCAGUGCCUAAAUGUAGAAUUAUCAAUCGAGAUGAAGCAGAAGCAGAAGCAGAAGCAGAUGCAGAUGAUGUUCCAUUGCAGUGAUUAAGGAAGCAAAGCCAUUUAAGCCAUUUUCCUUAGCGGCUUUGUGGGCUGGUGUAAAUUGGUAUGUUAUUUAUAUUCUUAUGGAGUAUUGGGAGAAUUUAAUAUGACAAUUUUCCUGACUGAAGCGGAAGUUGGUUGUAAUGAGUAGAUGAGAAGAGAAAUGGUUGAAUUGUAUAAAAAAUUGUUUACCUGUAGUUUAUUAGACAGGAGGGUGAUUGAUGUCUUAUUCUUAUUUUCCCCUUUUCCUGUAAAUAAAUUGCUAUUGGCCGGUGUAUCAAGUGAUGCUCUGUAAUAGAGCAGCAGGGUGUAUAUCGUUUUUUAGUUAA